AUGGCGGAUUCCAACCCUAUCAAGGAGGCUGAGGCCUCAAUGGCUAACCUUCUUCUCGACGAGGUCACUGGUGAAAAGGUGUCCAAGUCUGAAUUGAAGAGACGCCAGAAGAAGCGCGAGAAGGAAGCUGAGAAGAAGGACAAGGCCGCCGCCGCGCCCCCUAAGCCUAAGGCCGAGAAGAAGACCUCCGCUGAAGAUGAAGAGUCUAACCUUACCCCCAACCAAUACUUCGAGAUUCGGAGCAAGAAGAUCAACACGCUGCGCGAGACCAAGCAGCCCAACCCCUACCCUCACAAGUUCAAGGUCGAUACCGACUUGCGCGACGUCUUGAAGAAUUACGAGGGUCUCAAGAAGGGUGAACAGAAGACUGAUGUCGUUGUUAGCAUUGGUGGCCGCAUCUACACUAAGCGUGCCGCUGGUCCCAAGCUGGUUUUCUAUGAUAUUCGCGCAGAAGGUGUCAAGAUCCAGGUGAUGUGCCAGGCCCAGAACGCGACUGGCAAGUCCUUCGAGGAACAGCAUGAGCUUCUCCGCAGAGGUGACAUUGUGGGCGUGACUGGAUUUGUCGGCAAGACUGAUCCUAAGAACCGUGAUGAUGGCGAGCUUUCCAUCUUCGCUUCUGAGGUCGUUCUUUUGACCCCUUGUCUGCACGCAAUUCCCUCGGAGCACUACGGCUUCAAGGAUAUCGAACAGCGUUUCCGUCAGCGUUACCUUGAUCUUAUCAUGAACGAGAAGUCCCGCAAGGUUCUUCGCACCCGUGCCAGUAUUAUUAGCUACAUCCGCCAGUACUUCGACAGCCGUGACUUUACUGAAGUUGAGACUCCUUUGAUGAAUGCUAUUGCCGGUGGCGCCACCGCGAAGCCUUUCAUCACUCACCACAACGAUCUGAACAUGAACAUGUUCAUGCGUAUUGCUCCCGAGCUUUACUUGAAGCAGUUGAUUGUCGGUGGUAUGGAACGAGUGUACGAAAUCGGAAAACAAUUACGCAAUGAGGGCAUUGACCUUACACACAACCCAGAGUUUACAACGUGUGAGUUCUAUCAGGCGUAUGCAGAUGUAUACGACCUUAUGGAGGUCACUGAGGAACUUGUUUCGGGUCUGGUUAAGCACGUUACCGGUGGCUAUGAGACCACUUUCCACACCCAGACCGGUGAGGCCUACAACAUUAACUGGAAGGCACCAUGGAGGCGAAUUGAAAUGAUGCCCGCAUUGGAGGAGGCCUGCGGCGAAAAGUUCCCUCCCAGUGACCAACUUCACACUCAGGAGACAAACGAGUUCUUGAAGCGUGUGUUGCAGAAGAUGAACGUGGAAUGCUCCCCCCCUCAGACCAACGCUCGUAUGCUUGACAAGCUUGUUGGUGAAUUCCUUGAGGAAACUUGCAUCAACCCCACUUUCAUCAGUGGUCACCCCCAGAUGAUGUCCCCUCUGGCCAAGUACCACCGCAAAGAUGCGGGUAUUUGUGAACGUUUCGAGGUCUUCUGCUCGAAAUUCGAAAUUGUGAACAGCUACACUGAGUUGAACGAUCCCUUUGACCAACGUCUGAGAUUCGAAGAGCAAGCAAACCAGAAGGACCAAGGUGACGAUGAGGCCCAGAUGAUUGAUGAGACUUUCUGCCAGUCUCUUGAGUACGGUUUGCCUCCCACCGGUGGCUGGGGCAUGGGAAUUGACCGUCUGGUCAUGCUUCUUACCGACAACUACAGCAUCAAGGAGGUUUUGGCCUUCCCAAUGAUGAAGGAUGACAAGAGCGCGGCCGAGGCCAAGCCUGCCGCCGAGGUUGUUGGAAUUGAGCCCCAGCCCGAGGAAGGAAUCCCCCACAAAUGA